CAACUUUCCAUCGGCUAUUCGAAUUGUCAGUCUUGUUUACUAUUUAGGAAGUAUCUGACAUAUAUUUUGUUUUAGUCUUUAAGUACAUAAAGCAUUAAUAUGUAUGGAUUUGUUAACUAUGCUCUGGAGCUGUUGGUAGUGAGAAAUUUUGGAGAAGAAACAUGGGAAACAAUCAAAAAAAAUGCGGAUGUGCAAAUGGAAGGUCAGUUCCUUGUCCGGCAAAUAUACGAAGAUGAAUUAACUUAUAACCUAAUUUUUGCUGCUGUUGAAGUCUUACAAAUCCCGGCUAAUACAAUUUUGGAAUUGUUCGGAAAAACAUUUUUCGAAUUUUGUCAGGAAUCCGGGUAUGAUAAAAUUUUACAAGUAUUGGGAGCUACUCCUAGGGAUUUUCUACAGAAUUUAGAUGCUUUACACGAUCAUCUGGGUACUCUCUAUCCUGGAAUGAGAGCGCCAUCUUUUAGAUGCACCGAACGUCCAGAAGAUGGCGCCUUAGUGCUUCAUUACUACUCUGAUCGACCUGGAUUAGAACAUAUUGUAAUAGGUAUCGUAAAGACAGUUGCUAGUAAGUUGCACCAUACAGAGGUUGAAAUCGAGAUUUUAAAAACCAAAGAGGAAUGUGAUCACAUCCAGUUUUUGAUAACUGAGAAAUCUGGUCCAGAAAGACCGUUACUACCGCAAAUUGACAAAAUAGAGACACUAUCUUUAGAACCAAAAAUUAACGCAAACACGUUUCGAAAAGUAUUUCCAUUUCAUAUAAUGUUUGAUCGUAACUUAGAGAUCGUUCAAACUGGUACUACUGUUGCUAGAGUAAUUCCAAAGGUUAAAGAAAAUGGCUGCUUGGUUACAGAUAUUUUAGACCCGAUUCGUCCACAUCUGGAGCUAACUUUCGAAAAUAUUCUUUCGCACAUUAAUACUAUUUAUGUGCUUAAAACGAAACAUGGUGCCAUGGUUGUGGAUGCUCCUGCUGAAUAUCGAUUUUUAAGGCUGAAAGGACAAAUGCUUUACGUCCCGGAGACCGAUUUGGUUGUGUUUUUAGGUUAUCCAAGUGUUGUCAAUUUGGAUGAUUUAACUAGGCGAGGUUUAUACAUAAGCGAUAUUCCCCUACACGAUGCUACAAGAGAUCUCGUACUUAUGUCAGAACAGUUUGAAGCGGACUAUAAAUUAACCAGGAAUUUGGAAAUAUUAACGGAUAAAUUGCAGCAGACGUAUAGAGAGCUGGAAACUGAGAAAAAGAAAACUGAUCAAUUGCUAUAUUCCGUGCUACCAAUAAGCGUGGCGACUGAACUAAGACAUCAGAGACCAGUACCUGCGAAAAGAUAUGAUACAGUGACUCUCCUAUUUUCUGGAAUAUUUGGCUUUUCAGCAUAUUGUGCUGCAAAUGCUGAUUCACAUGGAGCAAUGAAAAUUGUCAAAAUGUUAAAUACUUUGUACACAAAAUUUGAUGACUUGACUGAUCCGAAGCUAAACCCAAAUAUUUAUAAGGUUGAGACAGUAGGAGAUAAAUACAUGGCUGUAAGUGGCUUACCAGAGCCGUGUACCUCACAUGCCAAGAAUAUUGCAAAGUUGGCAUUGGAUAUGAUGGAUCUAGGGAGUUCUGUGAUAUUUGAUGGAGAACCAGUGAAAAUAACAAUUGGUAUUCACUCUGGCGAAGUCGUAACAGGAGUGAUCGGGCAAAGAAUGCCCCGAUAUUGCCUUUAUGGUAACACUGUAAAUUUAACCAGUAGAACUGAGACUACAGGAGAGCCAGGAAAAAUAAACGUGUCAGAAGAUGCUUAUCAAAUUCUACUACGAGAAGAUAAUUAUGAAGAGCAAUUCCACUUUGAAUACAGAGGGCCUGUGCAGAUGAAAGGAAAAUCUGAACCUAUGAACGUUUACUUGUUAUCUAGAAAAUAAUUUGUUGUAGAUAUUAAAGAGUUAAUUUCAUAACUAUUACAUAGUUUGUAUUUAUGUAUAUUUUUAGAUUGUUUAAAAAAUUAGGCAACUCUUAUUUAAGCAGCAUGGAGCACCAGGAUUUAUGUAUUUAAUAUGACUGAAGUAUAACCGUCAUGUUGCCCCAUGCUACUUUGAAGAAAAUUGACCUUUAUAGAAAUCAAAAUACUAGCAAUGUUUUUCUCUAUAUUUAAAAUAAAGUAUAUGUAUGAUUUUCGAAUAAAAAUUGUUGUAAUAUAUCAAUUAAUCACACGAGCUGCCUAUGGAUUUAAUGGAUGUUGGCGACAACAUGUUGGAAUUUAUUUCAGUCUCUUACUAUGCUAACAAGUUCUUCUAUCGUUCUUAGUCUGGUCCACUGUCUGAUGUUACUAUUACUAUUUUCUUCCAAU